AUCAAAUUAACAGACACAAACUGGAUUUUAUUUAGCAGAGAAAAAAAAGGACUAAACUUCAAGGUUGAACAGUUUUCUUAAGAAUUUACGUUUUCCUGAUCUACUAUUUAUAAACCCUGCAUUUCUUCCUGCCAAAGCUUCUUUUAUAAUUGCUUAAUACCACCAUUUCGCCUAUCUAAAAACCGGCAGCAUCUAUCUGACAUGCAGUGUUUGCUUUUUAAAAAAGAUAAACUAAACUAGAAAAGACUACACUUUGGUACAUUAUUGUCGCUGCGAAAACGAAAACAACUUUUUUAUAAGUAGACAUUUCAAAAAAGGCCUUGACAGAGAAUUAUAUACGAAUACUUUAUUAACAAAACCACACACGUUACUGUAAUUCAAGCGCGAGAACUACUAAAGCAUUUCCAUUCUGAGAAUUAUGGCGAUUUUGAAAGAGCUGUUGCUGUCAGCCCGACCUUGGUCUUUUUCGGCAUCUAUCGUCCCUAGUAUUGUUGGGAUAAUCCUAACUAACCCCGACCACAAUCCGAGCAUGUGCCUUAUUUGUAACACAUUAUUCACUGUACUUUUAAUUCACGCUGCUGGUAACCUGAACAACACCUUCUGCGAUUUCAUAAAUGGUGUCGAUCAGAAAGAUUCUACACACGACCCGACCCUGACCGAUGCCAAACUGACCAAAGACCAGCUGUUAUCAUUGCUAGCCGUUUGCUACAUCGGCUCUCUCUUUUCACUCACUUUCACCGUUGUCCAUUCCCCGGCUUCACAUCUGUCCUUGAUUGUUCUGUACAGUCUGGGAGUUGUUAGCAGUUUGAUCUACACCAGUUGGAUAGCCCUCAAAUACAGGGCACUGGGCGAUUUCCUGAUCUUCUUAACUUUUGGGCCUUUAGUAACAGAGUUUUCUUACCUCAGCUGCAGCGGUUUCUUGUCCGGAAGGGCAGCAGUCCUCGUGCUGCCCCUGGCCACCAAUGCGGUCGCCAUACUCCACGCUAACAACAUGAGAGACGAAGCAGCUGACAGGAAAGCAGCAAUUCGCACUCUACCCAUGCUACUUGGAAAGCACAUUUCUCGCCAGCUGAUGAUAGGGCUGCUCUUUUCAUCUUACAUAUUUUUUCUACUCAUAAUCGCUUUCACAUGUAACCUGCUCUUUGUUUUGCCGGCAUUAACUGCAUUUACUCUGGUUCCGCUUUACAAACGCAUACAGGAAUUUGACAUGAUCGGACUUCCUGAGACACUAGCCAAACUUAAUUUAGUACAAGGUUUGCUCUACUGUUUCACGCUUCUUUUCUCAAAUAUUUAAACAAUUCAACUUAGGGAACCGAAAUCAUAUCAGAGAAUCCUACCUUUAUGUUGACUAAAUGCAAAACAAAAAUGAACAGUAGUUAAGAGAAAAAGAAAAAAAACACAACUACUUCGUCCGAUAAUCGUUAAGUGUCCAGAAAAAAAGGUCACUAUUUUAGCAAGGAAAACUGAAAACACCUCGCAUUGUGUUGUGGCAUGACAAGCAUAUUCAAUAUUUUUAAUGUCGAUGACUAAAACAAAUAUUCCAGCCUAUAUCACGAAGAAGUCAGUUUUUCCAGAUUCAUAGCUAACAACUUAUCAAACAAAUCACAGACAUUAACCAUAUAAAACACACCUUAAAAUAUUGUCCGCUUUAAACACAAAAAGAGCUAAAACCGUCACAAAAAAGUGAGCUUAGGUUUAAUAUUUUGUAAUGCUUCAUUGCACAUUGACACAAAAAAGAAAAAGAAAAUCCAAAAUUCCCCCGAAAAGAUGCUAAAAGUGCUUAGGACUUUCUAAAACACAUACAAACCUUCAAGGCAAGUGUUUCUUAACUUUAUUUCCUGCAUUUUCUCCCAUCCCGGCUACACACACAAGAAAAGGCAGUUUUGGAUACAAUUUAUUGCAUGUUAUUAGCAGCUUUAUUAUAAUUCAACAUUAAAAAAAUCAGCGUCAAUGAAACUAAAUGUUGUAA